UGUGUGGUUGCCCCCAAGUGCUCAGAGUUCCUAAUUCUCUUCAACAUUGUCACCGAACCUAUACACUGAUGUCAUAAUCUAUGUUUGGCAGGUACUACCUACGCUGACUGUUGGCGAGUGGCGAGAGAUGUUUUGUGUGGUUGCCCCCAAGUGCUCAGAGUUCCUCAUUCUCUUCAACAUCGUCACCGACACUCUACUGUUGUGUCUGGACUCCGCCAAGAUGAAGCCAGAUAACCAAACAGUCGUCACCUGCCUCAGCGCUACGAUCCUCAACAUUGCACAUGUUAUCAAGGAUGAACUGACCCGCUGGACGAAAGAUGACAAUGAAUACCGCAUCAGCGUUCUGAGCAAAAUGUGUCUGUUGAUGUCCAGCCUUCCGUUGGAUCGUCAAGAGUCGUCAGGUCUCUCAUUGGUCAAGGUGCUACAGCAGUUGUUGCCAGAAGGUAGUCGACGCAAGCCUCUCACGGCUCACGAGAUGAACACUGUGACAACCUCUAUCGGCUCCAUCCAGUCAUCCGUGGUGAGACAGAACUUGGCUCGACAGUUCUUGGAGAUGGUCCAUAGAUAGUGUGAGAAGAAUCAAAGACUUAAUAGUGAAACACAUGUUGUGGUCUUGCGAUUCCAAAUUACCAAAUUGAUUUGCACUUGAGAAAAGUUCAUUUCAAAUCUGAUUUGGCCAAUGGUCGUGCUAAUUUUACAAUCAGCUUUGUAGUGUUAAGUUCUGUCUUUACCUAUUGCUUUAUAUAAAUCUCAGAUUUCAAAGACAUAAUAAAAUUCUAUGCCUGUGGUCGUAAGAUUUCAAAAUUACAGUUGAUAUUUGUUUCGAUCAAAAGGUUAUCAUCUAAUCUGUAAUUGUUAAUAUUUAUACAAAUUUCACAUUAUUCUAUGCAGUGUCAAUUUUCCUUUUAUUGUUGCCCUCUUGAUUAAUAUUAGACUUAUAUAGAUCUCUAAAGAGCAAAGUGUAAAUUCCAAGCUGUAAGGUUUUUUUAUCAAUAGAGGGAAAUUAAAACAGUAGUAUGUGAUUCCAAGAUGUAUUUCUUUGGUAAAUAAAUAUUGGAUACUUUUUUCAUUUGUCGUAUCCUUGUUUAAUAGUGAGAUAAACAGUAUUGUAUUGUUUUCACAUUUGUUACAUUUUUAAUAAAUGGUAUAAAAACCUAGUAGCAAUUUA